AUGCCGUCCAGGGUCGCCAACGAUGAGGGUGCCGCGACCUCCGCCGAGACCGCGACCAAGGCUGCUCAGCACGGUCGCGGACAUUCGCACGGCUCGGCUUUUUCCUUGGACUCGGCCGUCGAUCCUCAGCUCGGGCUCGGCCCGAUCCGCCCUCGCAUCCCGGCCAAGCAGCCCAGCAACACCGCAGAACGAGCCGCUCGCGGCGAUGACCAGACCGUAUCCGCAGGCAAUGCGCUGGGCCUUGAGACGACCGAUGCCAUGCCUGCUGGGUCAAAGGAGGGCGUCGCGGAAGCAAAGGCGGCGUCGGAAGCGCCCGAGCAGGCCGUCGAUUCGUCUGCCGCGUCGCAGAUGCCCUCGACGGACAGGGCCAACGGUGCUUCGGACUGCCGAGAGCAUGACGGUCCUCUGGCAAAGGGCAGGAUGCCCCUGCGAUCCCGCAAGCCAAGCAUGCUGCGCAACGUCAAGAAGCGCAUCUCGGCCAUCUUCUCGACUUCCGGCGGCGGCAGUGCCGACUACGCCGAUGCCGCUGCCGCUGCCGCUCACGCUCUCCCGACAACCGACUCUGACGAGCUUGGAGCUUCCUCGCCUGCCAGGACGGUCAUCACCCUGCCUCCCGAGCCCGUCGCUGCCGAAAGUACCGCUGCGUCAGGUGACGCGAACACGCCUGGCCCCGACGCCAAGGAGAGCCAGCGGCAGGCGCAGGAGGAGCGUGGUGCGAACAAGCUCUCCAAGAGGCUGAGCGCCGCCAUCCUUUCCGGCCUCAAGCGUCCGAGCGGCAAGUCCAACCCCGACAUCAGCGUUGAUGCCACCGCCGCUGUGCCCGGAGGCGACCAGCCAGCCGAGGUGAGUGGCGGCCACGCAGCGCCCGGCCCCGUCGUCUUCGCCCGGGGCAGCCUGAUGGACAAGCUCGCGCAAAAGGAAUCGACUGCAGCGUCACAGCCUUCUGCCGAGGCUGCUGGCGUGCCGUCUGAGGUCGACAAGCUGGCAGAGGGCGCCCCAGUCAAGGAUGUAUCGCGCGAGACGCUGCCCAUCACGCCUCCUAUGUCGCCGUGGAGGGCGGCCGUGGACCUCUUCAAGACGAAGCGGGGCCAGUCGGAGCCUAGCUUCGAGCACGUCAACCGCGGAGUCCUCAGCAGCAGCGCGGGAUCGGCGCAGUCGUCGGGCGCGACGAGCCAGACGGACGGAGAGGCCGCGGGCGCCGCUACCGCUGCAUUGCCGGACAACCCGGACGCCACCACGCCGGUGAAGCGUGCCAGGACGCUGCUGCGCAAGCUGAGCCGGGCCGGAAUGGCGAGAAAGGCCAAGUCGAGGGCCCAGGCGGACCUGUCCAAGGAGCCGCUCCCCGACGUGCCGACCGUCGCCAAGACGGAUAGCGAGACGAAGACGGAUGCGCCGGAGGAGGCUGUCGCGGCACCGUUGGCGGCGCAGACGGAGGCGCGGGCAGAGGGAGAGAAAAGCGAGGCUGAGGCAGAGGUAGCCGACGACGAGGGGGACAAGGACGAGGUGCUGAAGGACGACGGCGGGAAGGGCGAGAUGGCCAAGAAUGAAGAGGCAAGGGGCGAGGCGGCGAAGGAGGACGGAGCGAACGAGGACCAGGACGGCGACGCCAUCGAGCUGGCCUCUGACGACGAGUCCAUCGCCACCACCGCGCGCGCCGCCGAAGCGGACAAGAAGGGCAAGCAGAAGGCCGUCGAGGGUGGGCAGUGA